GAAGUGUAUAAAUAAGAAGUGAUUUCAGACAGGAUUUACUCCUCUGGCUGAUCUUUCCUCCAAGAUGAAGUUCUACAUCUGCCUGACCCUGAUGAUGCUGGAUGUCGCUGCAGGUAACCUUUUUUCCUUUGCUUCUCAUCCCAUUUCCAGCUGCACCUUCCCCUGCUUUCCCCCUAUUUUUUUACCAGCAUAUUGAUCCCCUAAACUCCGAAUUCCAUUAUUUCAACAGGAACUCUCACUUUCCAAUUGAUUAUUAGGUAUACUUUCCUUAUAAUUUAGAAAUACAGAUUUGUGAGUUAUUAUACAUUAAUUAAAGGGACACUGAAGGCCCAGUACAACUUUAUUGCAUUUGGUAGGCUUUGGCCUCAUUAAUAUGCUGUAUAUUUUGCAUGCUCACAUCUUUAUACAUUUUGCACAAAAAGCACACAGUCUUGACAUAAAGCUCCCAAACUGUAAGUUGUUUGCAUGUAUGUGGAUUGUUAGUUGUGUUGCAUAUGUGCAGAUUGUGUGUAUGUUUGUGUGUGGGAUGUUUGUAUUAUUGUAUAAGGGGAGGGUUGUUGUGCAUUUCUGUGUAUAUCUAGCAGUGUGGAUGGCUUCCCUGAAGUCCAGUGGGGACCAUGAUGGCCAGGUACAGGUCAAGGACAGGAGCUGCAACAGCAGCUGCGGGCUGCUGUACUCCAGUGGGGAGUCCCAUUCACAAGUGCUACAAUGCAUAAAUUGAUGAUUUUCCUUCACCACCUUUUCGUAUUAGCAGAUAUCUGAAGUUUCACUGGGAUUCCUGAUAGGCCAGACACUGUUUGACUCUGGUAGCUUUGAGUGCCAUGCAAAGGCACCUUGAGUGCCGUGCAUGGCACAUGUGCCAUAGGUUGCCUACCCCUGUGCUAGCAGAAUGCUUUGUUGUAUACAAUGAGGUAUUAGCAGUAGAAAGAGAGAAGUGCUCAUGCCGUUGUACAGAACACUGGUGAGACCUCAUUUGGAGUAUUGUACGCAGUGCUGGAGACCGUAUCUUCAGAAGGAUAUUGAUACUUUGGAAAGAGUUCAGAGAAGAGCUACUAAACUGGUUCAUGGAUUGUAGGAUAAAACUUACCAGGAGAUUUUAAAGGAUCUUAACAUGUAUAGCUUGGAGGAAAGACGAGAAAGGGGGGAUAUGAUAGAAACAUUUAAAUAUAUAAAGGGAAUCAACACAGUAAAGGAGGAGACUAUAUUUAAAAGAAGAAAAACUAUCACAACAAGAGGAAAUAGUCUUAAAUUAGAGGGGCAAAGGUUUAAACAUAAUUUCAGAAAGUAUUACAGAGAGGGGGAUGGAUGCACAGAAUAGACUUGCAGCUGAAGUGGUAGAGGUUAACACAGUGAAGGAGCUUAAAGGGACACUAUAGUCACCCAGACCACUUCAGCUCAAUGAAGUGGUCUGGGUGGCAGGUCCCUCAGGUUUUAACCGUUCAGAUGCAAACAUAGCAGUUUCAAAGAAACUUACAUUUGGGGUUAAUCCAGCCUCUAGUGGCUGUCUUCCAGACAGCCACUAGAGGCGCAUCUGCGACACUGGAGGCAAAUUUCGCCUCCAUCAAGCAGAGCGUCCAUUGGAAAGCAUCGAGAAAUGCUUUCCUCUGGACACUUUGAAUGCGUGCACGGCACUUACGCAUUCAGCUCAGCUGACAAUGGACGGGGGACCUGACGUCGGACGGGGAGGAGAAGUCACCAGCGCCGAGGGAGCCCGGCACUGGAAUAAGGUAAGCUGCUGAAUGGGUUUUAACCCCUUCAGAGCCAAGGGAGUGGGACCCUGAGGGUGGGGGCACCCUCAGGGCACUAUAGUGUCAGGAAAACCGCUUUGUUUUCCUGACACUGUAGUGAUCCUUUAAGCAUGCGUGGGACAGGCAUAAGGCUAUCCUAGCUAAAAGAUGAAGCCAGGGACUAAUGAAAGUAUUUCGAAAAUUGGGCAGACUAGAUGGGCCUAAUGGUUCUUAUCUGCCAACACAUUCGAUGUUUCUAUUUGGACAACUUGGGCGCUCCGAUCAGGGCUGUUCAGAUAUGUAGGAUGUGAAGAAACGACACCUUUUGUUUCGUUAACUUAGAUUUUUCUCUUAGUGUAGAUAAAGCUACCGAACACCGACCAUCCCUCUGGCUCAUUAACUACAAAGCUAAUUGCAGAUUAGAUAAGGGCUCUCCCUGUGUGGCCACUGUUCAUAUGGCCGAACACCACAUUUUGGUGAAAUGGCGGCCAUAUUGCCACACGAAAAGAGGCAGCGGGACUUGGUCAUUGAGUGUCUGGAACUAAAAUCAGACACUCGACUUCCCGAACGCCGGUCAACUUUGCGAACUCCUGCUUCUUUUAACCAACCAGCCAGUAGAGUGCUAUUCAGUAGGUUUGUUCCCACGAACUAGGGGAACAAACGCUACCCCCAUGAGCCAGGGGAACAGUUUGUGGAUUUGUUCAGUUUUAGAAUGCCCCAAAAUAGACUGAUCGCUACCUCUGAAACUGUGGAAUUGUUUUGGGCAUAAGACUUUGUGUGCGGUCAGUCAAAUUAUGAAUUCCUUGGAAAUCCCAAACCCCUGAACCGAUCUGGGUGAUUUUUGGAUAUGUUGGUCCCCCAUAUUGGGGCUAUCGAGGGAUGUGAAUGUUGUGGGGUUUCCAUGUGUUUUGCGGGUACGUUAGUACAGUUCCUGACUCAAUUAUCUCACAGGCACAGGGGAGGGAUUAUCUUGUUUUGUGUGGGAGUGUCCUGAACCUGAGAUCUAAUGUAUUUACUUUCAGGUCCAGUGGGGAAUGCCCUUGGAUUAUGUCACAGUAGACCACUUGCAUAUAAACUGGCCAGUUGGCCUGAAUAAAUUCACUCCUGUUGUACCCUUCAUCUAGUUUAGGCUGAUGUUUGGGUAUACGUCUGAUUGCUUGGGGAAGUUACUGGGAUACUGCAUUUUUUUCUGCAGAACAUCCGACUCCAUACCCGAACUGCGAGCUAUAAUAUCUCAGCCUUUAGCAGUUCGGGAGGUAACGAAAGUGAAUGGGUAUCUGAAAUACCAGCUUUCCUAGCAUAGCACAUGUAGUGUAAUUGUGUGUUUUUAUUAUGUUUUUAGGUACUUUUAUGUUUUUGUGUUUGGCUCUCUGUUCCUAGGAGAUAAUCGGCUUACUGGUCUUUAAUUCAAUUACCUCCCAGGCACAGAUAUAUCUAGGAGAUAGAAGCUGUAUCCCCCACCCUGUUCCAGGGUGGGAAGCGACGGCGAGACCCCAGGCAAGCUUCGGUGGCUCGGGGCUGGAGCACUGCUGGUGUCCUGGUGAUAGUUAGGGAGCGUGUUUGGCGGAGCUACCCAGUCGGGGUACCAGACGGUCUGCCACAAUGCCUCUUAGAGGGCUCCACUAAAGUCCUUCGUUAUUAAAAAAAUUUGGCACCUUUGUAUACUCCACUCUGACAAUUAAGUGCAGGGCAGUUAUGGGCUAACAUCACAAUCUACGCGUUUCAUCCUUGAAAGAACAUUAUCAAGGUGACACAAAAAUAUAAUUUAACAGUUUUGCCAUGUUCUUCCCAAUCAAAGUGCACUUCUCCUUUUAUAUUUAGACAAAAAAUACAUAUAAUUUAUAAAGAAAUAAUAGUGUGUGUGUGUGUGUGUGUGUAUAGAUGUAUGUGUAUAUAUAUAUAUAUAUAUAUAUAUAAAAUCUAGAGGGUUUUUUUUAUUUUUCUGGAAAUCAAAAAUCCAAGCAAUCACAUAACAGCAAUUAGAUGGAAAAGCAAUAAUUAAAUUGAAACAUUUUGGUAAAAGUUUGAUCAAUAUCCCUCAACCUAAACACUCACAGCUCUUUCUGUUUAUACCCAGGCCUGCAGUGUACUCUGGUUCCUGGAAAACUGAAGCAGAUAGAUGCUGGAGCCGGACAGGUUUAUGGGGUCAACGAUGCCGAUGACAUAUUCCGUUUGAAUGGUAAAAACUGGGUACAGGUUCCAGGAAAACUGAUACAUGUCAGUGUAGGUCCAUCUGGCGUUUGGGGUGCAAACAGACAGAACAACAUCUUCAAGAUUCAAGAUGGCAACUGGGUGCAGGUAGCAGGUAAGAGUAUACUGAUAUAUAAAAUAUAACCCCUUAAGGAUGGAAGCAAUUGUAUAGAUUCUGUUCAAAAACAAAAUGUAAACAAAAACUCAGAAUUGAAGCUACAUGUCUGUUCAACCAUAAUUCAGCUCUUUCAUUUUCAGUGUACCCACACUUAUUAUAUACCAUUUUGUUCAAGAGAAACAUGGCUUUAAUUUCACAUCAUCUAAUUAUAUAUGAAACAUAAUUUAUUAUGAACAAAAUCUAAAAAGUGUUAGAUAUUAAGAUUUCUUUGUUAGUUCUGCAUGGCUUUUUAUCUGUGAAUGUCAUAAUACUGUAAAAUUUUAUGGCUAUAAAAUACAUAUAUUUAUAUUCAGAGAUGUCUCACGAGUACAGCAGUACCCCCAUGUACAGGUUUUGAGUGUUUUGGAAAGUUACAGGGUCAAAAUUGAGGCAGAUUGAGUUUGCCAGAUUGGUUUGCGGGGCCUAUGUUGUCUUUGAGAUCAUAUGGCAGCCCAGCAAUGAGAAUUACCCACAUCAUGGUAGACAACCCACGGAAUUCAGUAUGGGGUGUGGAUGGUCUUUUUUUUAGAAGCCACUUGGUCACAAACGCUGGUCAAAGUUGGCUUUCAUAUUUGUUUGUGUGUAAAAAAAAUGCAAAAAAAAAUAAAUAUGAGGGCUAAGUUUGGCCAGCCAGUGUUUGUGACCAAGUAGUUACAAAAACAGACUGGACAUAACCCAUUUGCUAUACCUUGGGUCAUCUGCUUUUCAAAUCAUAUUCCAUCAUAGGGGUAAUUUAUACACCGCCUUCUGCAUUGUCUGCUUGUUUUUUUUUUCUCCCUCUCCCCCUCACUCUGCUCUUCAGAAAGAUCUUUAUGACCCUCUGCAAGAAUGGUGUCUAUUUUGUAUCAAACCUUUGUCUUAUCUGCACUCAUGUCGCUUUAAACCCUAUAUCACAAAUCAGCUUUGAAUUCUAUGUGUCGUCUUGCUCAGAAAUGCUUCAGACUAGAGAAAGGGAGAUUCUCCCAAAAGCUUGUCAUUGAAGAAUUCUGCUAGUCCACUAAAAAAAGGUAUUACUAUUAUUUUUUUUAUUUAUUGAAUACAUAUAUAUAUAUAUAUAUAUAUAUAUAUUUAUAUAUAAACAAAGGCUUGGCACUCACCUUUAAAGUAUAAAGACAAACAUUUACCCCGGUGCCAUCCCCGUUUAGUAGAUAAUCCGAUAAUCCAAAAAUAAAGAGGGUGUACUCCAGGGGAUUUUGGUGAAUAAACUUGUUAUUUUUUAUUGCAUAUUAGUAAAAAAAUAAUAAAAAAAUCGACGUUUCGACCCCAAUGCAGACCUUUCUCAAGAUCAAUAAGUGAAGUGAACAUACAAUGAAUACAAAUAGUGUAAAAUAAAGUGACUUACCAAUCCAAGUGCUGCUCCACCGUGUACCCGAACUCGGAAAUGUUUAUGCAGGACACGUGAUCCCCCCCAUGUUGUCAUGAAGUGCAACGCCAAGCUUCAUACUGUUGGUUGCUAAGUAACAUAGAAACAGCCGAGUUGUAGAAAAAAAGCUAUAUGUGACCACUACGUGAAGAAGUGAAUCAAUGUAAAGUGUAUAUCUAUAUUAUAUAAACAGAAUAUGGAGGAUAUAAUGAGAAAUAAAUAUUAUAUAUAGUAAGAAAUAGAGUAAUGUGCCGCCUCAAUAGGUGGGAGCAUAACAUCGUGAACGAACAAUGUGAGCACAGUGAAAUAGGUGAAUGGUGAUCAGAAUGAAAAAAAGCCAAAUAAAAAUAAAACCAACUCCCAUCAAUCAGAGGCAGGCAAGAUUACAUCAAAACAAUAUGUAUAUAACACAACUUGUGCAGCAGUCGCCAAUUCUGCUGUAUUAAAAAUACCUAAAUCAUCUAAAAGGUAAAUCAAGGAAGAAUAUUGAAUUCCAAGUACAAAUUAUAAAUAUACAAUGUAUGCAUGCGAAUAUUCUGUUUAUAUAAUAUAGAUAUACACUUUACAUUGAUUCACUUCUUCACGCAGUGGUCGCAUACAGUGGCGGAUCCAGAGCCUGAUCUCGGGAGGGGCACUUGUAGAUUAUUUAAAGAAAUAAUCCAGACACAAUAACCACUACAGCUCAGUGUAGUGGUUAUGGUGUCAAUAGUGCCGGGACCCCCUCCCACAGUAAGUAGUCAAACCGUUUAAGAACAGUUUGACAACUUACCUGAAAUCUGCUGGGAAAUGGGGCUGUAGUAAGGUAUAGGAGCAGUGGUGUGUGUGAGUGGUGCAAUGUGUAAGGGGUGCAGUGUGUGUGUGUGUGUGUGAAGGUUGUAGUGUGUGAGUGAGGGCGGCAGUGUAUGUCAGGGAUGCAGUGUAUGUGUGUAACAGUUGCAGUGUGUGUGAGUAUUGCAGUGUGUGUGUAUGGGGGGCAGUAUGUGUGUAUGGGGGAGCAGUGUGUGUAUGGGGGCAGUUUGUGUGUAUGGCGGGCAGUUUGUGUGUAUGGCGGGCAGUGUGUGUGUAUGGCGGGCAGUUUGUGUGUAUGGGGCAGUUUGUGUGUAUAGGGGCAGUGUGUGUGUAUGGGGGCAGUGUGUGUGUGGAUAGGGGCAGUGUGUGUAUGGGGGCAGUGUUUGAGUAUGGGGGGCAGUGUGUGUGUGGGGGCAGUGUGUGUGUAUGGGGGGCAGUAUGUGUGUAUGGGGGCAGUAUGUGUGUGUAUGGGGGGCAGUUUGUGUGUAUGGGGGGCAGUUUGUGUGUAUGAGGGGCAGUUUGUGUGAAUGGGGGGGCAGUGUGUGUGAAUGGGGGGGCAGUUUGUGUGUAUGGGGGGCAGUAUAGGGGGCAAUGUAUGUGUGUGUGAUCAGGGUAUGGUGGUUUUUUUUUUAUUAUAUAAUAUUUUUUAAUUUAAUUAAAAUAAAUAAAUAUUCUAUGUCCCCCCUCCCUUCUUACCUUUACUGGGGAGGAGGGGGGACAGAUUUCGUUCCCUGGUGGUCCCAGUGGUGAUUCAUUGGUGGUCCCAGUGCUGAGAGUGAACUCUAACCCGCACUCCCGGGCUAGAGUUCACUCUCGCGAGAUUUGGAGCGUUGCCGUGGUAACCGUGGCAACGCUCCAAAUCUCGCGAGAGGAGGACCCGGAGGAGCUGCAGACUGAGCUCCGGGUCCUCCAUCUCCCUCCCCUGCCGGCUGUCAGCACAGUGCCUGCGGACCGGGGAGGGAGAGCUCUGAUCUCCCUCCGGUCCGCAGGCACAUUGCAGGGCUAGCACCUGCAUGUGCAGGCAGGGGAGGGAGACCGGCGGAUUUCUCGGGGGGGGCAAUUGCCCCGUUGCCCCCCCCCCUGGAUCCGCCACUGGUCGCAUAUAGCUUUUUCCACUCGUUGUUUGUUUCUUUGUUACUUAGCAACAGACAGUAUGACGCUUGGCGUUGCACAUCACAUGUCACGGGUUGGGGGGGGUCACAUGUCCCUCAUGAACACUUCUGGGUUUGAGUACACGGUGGAGCAGCACUUGGAUUGGUAAGUCACUUCAUUUUACACUGUAUAUAAUCAUUGUAUGUUCACUUCACUUAUUGAUCUUGAGAAAGACCCGCAUAGGGGUCUAAACAUUGAUUGGGACAGUGUGUAUUUUUUCGCUAAUAUGCAAUAAAAAAUGACAAGUUUAUUCACCAAAAUCACCUCGAGUGCACCCUCUUUAUUUUGGAAUAUAUAUAUAUAUAUAUACAUAAAAAAAAUUUUAAUACACUUAUAAUAAUGGUGUAUGUGUGUAUAAGUACUUAAAUCAUAUAUAUACACAUAUAUCGCAGGCAGUCCCAAGGAUCGGGGCCGCUGCCGUGGGACUGGCGGGGAGCAGAUAAUACCUAAGAACUGCAGGGACAUUCUUUGGCGCCCACUGACAUUUAGGACCGGCCUCUUAUGGAUGGCAUAGAACACAUGCUGUCCUUAAGGGGUUAAGUUAGCCUUCAGAAUGAAUGUAUAUGCUACAGAAAUAGACACUAUUUAAUUUAAGGGAUUAAGGAUUCUGAUACAUUCUCACACAGCCAAUUAUGUUCCCUUUCACUCCUGUUAAUCUUACAUUUUCAAAAGUUGUCAGCUCUUAAUACUGAUUAUAUUUGAGUAGCUGUAUUAGUCCAAUAAUGUGUAUGCAGUAGUCUGGGUACCCUUUGUGUCAUGGAACGUGGACAGGGCUGACAGCAACCUUGUCAGUUUCCAGGCUGUUUUGCCAGGAUGACAGGACAGGUACCCAGUAGAAGAGCUUUUGGCCUAGACGGAUGAGCUGGGCAGAGAGAGAUGAUGUGCCCUCUUUCUCCACAAUAAAAACACAGGCCAUGGACUCUCCUACGGUCUCUUUCCUCAGGAGGCAGCCUUGUUCAGAUGAAUCCGAUCUCCAUGGAUUACUUGGGUACAGCCAGGGUGACCAGGCCGGUAGCUGAUGGUGGGCUUGUACUGUAACAGGAUAGAGUCAUCUUUUUCUCUAGGUACCUGAGAUCUGCGGGAACCUGGAGCAGGCUUAAGAGUAGCUUUCUUGGAGGUAAGGCACUGAGAGUCAUUGCGGUUAUAAAUGACUCCCAGUCAUCCAAGACAGCACUUUUCUCUGGCAGCUUCUAGUAUGCCCAUGCCUUCAGCCAUCCGGAAAGCAGAUUAACAGCAGAGCGGACUUUGACAAAGUCGGUGGCGUAGGUCCUUGGUUUUAAAGCAAACAGGACCUCAUAAUCUGUAAAGCACUUUACUAUCUUAUUUUAGUUCUAAUUUAUGAAAGUGCCUAUUUCUAUGAAAAAUAACCAUUUUUAUAAUUAAAUUCUAAAACACCUCACUGGUUGUCAAUCAGACAGUCAGAGGGGUUAGUUUCCUCCUCUAUUAGCUCCACUGAGCUAACGGAACAGAAUGUCUAAUUGUGCUAGAGGGUGCCUGCCAUCCCCUACAGGUGCCAGUGGGUGCACAUUUACAGGGUUCAGCGAUCUUACCUGUCCUCCAGACGCCUGCUCUCUUCUACUCAGCCACAGCUACCUCCUUGCUAUGCAUGCACAACCUCUAAGAGUAGACUCAGAGGUCCUUUGAUGAGAAACCUAUGAUUGGCCAUUUCAUCAAAAAGGCGGGCGAUUGCAAAGGCUGCAGCUUUUUCAAGCUCUUUCUAAAAGUACCCCUAGUGCCAACAUGUAUAACUAAAUGUGCACAUGAACCAAUUAUCAUUAAUCAUGUUAUCUACUGCUGUUUUUUCAUAGGAGCCCUUAAACAGGUGGACGCAGGGGGUAAUGUAUUCCUAGGAGGUGUGAACAGCGCUGAUAACAUUUAUUGCCUAAGCCAGGAUCUCACUCUUUCCAAGGGGACAUCUCUCCCUUUCAUACAACUUGAUGGAAGCUUGAAGUAUUAUAGCUGUGGUCGUUAUAGUUGCUGGGGAGUGAACAGCAACAAUGAUAUAUUUUAUCGUCUGAACGUUAGUCCAAAUGAUUGCAAAGGCAGUGAAUGGAGACAGGUGGAUGGGAACAUGAUUAUGGUGGAAGUUGCCACAGAUGGAUCAGUGUACGGAAUCAACACCAUUGGCAACGUAUACAAAAGGUAAAUCUUUUAGCAGCAAUAAUGAAAUAGGGAAUAUAUACAUUAAAUAUAAUUAAGUAUUAAUUAGUGAAAUAAGUCCCCCACGUACCUAUGGAUUAAUUCCAUUCAGGAGCUUGAAUUCAUAAAAAAUUUUUUUUUAACAAAAUCUGAAAUUCAUUUGUUUUUCAAGCAUAGAUAAAAAAAAACAAACAAACAAAAAACAUUGUCAAUGUAUAUUCAUAACUAGAUACAAAUUUGUUCAUUGUAUUCUGGACAUGGCAGGAUUGGUUGUAAAUUUAGUAUGUAGUGUCACCUAAAAGGUAAUCCAGGCAUGAUGGAGUAGGAGUCUAGACAAAGAUAAUUAUAAUUAAUAAUUGUACUUGUCUUUUUCCCACAGAGAAGGAAUUUCUUUUUCGAACCCAGGUGGAACUGAGUGGUCUCUGUUGACUGUAUAUGGUCCCUUUAAGCAUGUCUCAUAUGAUAACGGAGUGCUAUGGCUUCUUGAUUCAGAGCGAAAUAUCUUCAAAUGUGACAUCAACUAUUAUUCAUAAGCAUCAAUU